CCCCCCCCAUUAUGUAUGAUCGGGCUCCUCGCUUGCUCAGACUGGCUGAAGGUGGCAGCACUGAGGAUCAUGUGGGGCCUGGAUCCUACCAGGUACCUUUCGUGAAGCAGCAGGCCGCAGGUAGCUAUGCCCCAUUCCUUUCUUCAGCUGCCAGAGAAAGUACUUUUACUGUUGCCUCUAAUACUGAGAAAGCUGUUCCAGGUCCAGGACACUAUAAUGUUUCAGAAGCACAAAAAAUUUCAAGGGUACCUACAGUUUCCAGAAGUAUUUAUGUUCCGUCAAUUCCUUCUUGUGGAUGGUCAUAUGGUUAUCAUAUUAAUGAGGAUGGCAGUAUUAUAAGACAUUUUCCACCUGCUAGUGACAACACACUAGGUCCAGCCUACUAUAAACCUCAGUUUGAUUUUUCCAAUGCAACUUUGAAAUACAAGGGGAUACAUUUUGGCAGCUCUUUGGGAAGACUACAGUUACCUAUAAAGUCAGGGCCUGGUCCUGGGCAGUAUGAUGUAGUCCAGAAAAAGACACCACAUUAUGAAAAUAUUAACAUCAAGAAAGAUCAACAGCAAAAUUAUUGCUUAUAUCUUCCGCGAUUUUAUGAAGUAAUAAUAUUGCAGGAGGAAAAAAAGAGAUUUGUACCUAUCAAAUCAAUCACACCAGCUCCUGGCACAUACAAUGAAUCUCGAACUGCUUUCAAGUCCUUAAAGACAACACCAAGACUGAAAAAUACCCCAUUUGGUCAAAGUGCUGCUCGAUUCACACAGAACUCUAGGACAGAAGAAAUGCCAGGUCCUGGGUUUUAUAAUAUCCUAAACAAUACUAUAAUUGACAACUUUAGCAAUACCUGCUUGAAGAAACAAAAGCAAGGUGCAUUUGGUUCUUCUGUUCCUCGGACUUUCUUCCUGGUUCAGAAAGAAGCUUUUACUACUCCUGGGCCUGCUGAUUAUCAGGCUUUUUGGAAUUCACAGGUCGGUGGAAUUUCUGAUGAACCACCUAACUUGACUAACCGAUCUGCUGCUUUCUUGUCAAGAACAGAAAGAACUACUAAACUAUCAGAUAUGGGCAUUCCGGCACCAGGCAGCUAUGAUGUUCAAAAAUCAUACGAGAUGUCUCAAGUUCAACAUAAAUACAUGCCACCUCGUAGUCUUGUGGCUAAAAUAAAACAUGCCUCCUUUCUUAGCACAACUCCUCGGUGCCUGGACAAAAUGACUGAGGGGCCAGGGCCUGCAACAUACAAUCCUGUUUUACAGAAAUCUUGCUCCAUACCCUUAUUUGUUAAAGCAUCAAAGCGUUUUAAAGAUUCCAAAGAGAUUACCCCUGGUCCAACGACAUAUGAGAUGGGAGGCACUGGUUCUGCAGCAGCAGCAGCAGCUGAUCUUACCAUUGCUGCUGUUACUGCUGCUGCCACAUUGCAGUAG